AUGAAACUAGCCACUAUAGCCAGCUUCCUGCUUAUCCUCGGCUGUGUGGUUAUCAAUGGCCAGGCACCGGAUUGCCGGAAGCUAAGGGAAACCUGCAACAGAUGCGUCCGAAGCCUGAACAAUCCCAUCAACAAUGUAGAAUUCAUGAACGAUGGUUGCCGGGAGAAGGUGCGCCGCACUUACAUUUGGCAGAAUCAGACGCGCUGUGAUCUUCAGGUGAUUGCCUGUGGAACUCACAAUAGAAAACUGGACUGUGCAGUUAUAGCCGAAAUAGCUGGAAUGAGAAGACGAACUUAG